CGCCGCGCCGAUGAGAUGAGCCGCCGGCACGGCAAGCUGCCGGUUGCACGUGUGUAUUUUUGUAGCUACGUUUGUGUGUACGAGAAUAUUUUUUGUAUUUUUAUACCUCCUCAUCUCAUAAAAACUACCAGGGAUUCGGACCCAAAGACCCUUUCUACAUACCUGGUGUAUGCACCUCUCGUAAAAUUAUUCAUGUUUGGUGAUAACAGAGCGGUUACUGAACUUUAGUAAAUUUACUUCUUGACAGGUAAGUAAAGAUGUGCGGGUGUUUACGUGCAGUCCGCGCGUGUAAGCCACUUCGUCCAUGGCACUGCCGGCUGUCCAGCUCGUCUUCCACGACAGCGCCACCUGUACCUGGAGUUCCCUACACCAAGUUGAGCAUCGGAGUUCCGAAGGAAAUAUGGCAGAAUGAGCGAAGGGUUGCUGUAGUACCUGCAGUAGUUAGCAAAUUAGUUAAAAAAGGUUUUACAGUAAAUGUCGAAGAGAAUGCUGGGGCGUUCGCGAAUUUUCCCAACAAAACGUAUGAAGAAGCCGGUGCUAAAGUCACCACCCUGAGGGACACAUUUCAGUCGAAUAUAAUUUUAAAGGUGCGCCCAUUAGUAGAUAGCGAAGUUAAAAAUAUUCAAGACGAAGGCACACUGAUAUCUUUCUUAUAUCCCGCCCAAAAUCAAGAUCUUAUAAAACAACUUGCAGCGAAGAGAGUAAAUGCAUUUGCGAUGGAUUGUAUUCCCCGUAUAAGCCGAGCACAGGCGUUCGAUGCACUGAGCUCCAUGGCCAAUGUGGCAGGAUACCGGGCCGUGAUUGAGGCUGCUGCGAACUUCCCAAGGUUCUUCUCUGGUCAGAUGACAGCCGCUGGUCGAGUGCCGCCUUGCCGCGUGUUGGUGGUGGGUGGCGGCGUGGCGGGGCUGGCGGCGGCUGCGCAGGCGCGCUGCAUGGGCGCCGCAGUCAGGGCCUUCGAUACAAGACCCGCUGUACGAGAGCAGAUCGAAAGCCUAGGAGCGCAGUUCAUCACUAUGGAUAUGAAGGAAGAAGGCGCUGGUGAAGGUGGAUAUGCUAAGGAGAUGAGCGAAGAGUUCCUAAAUGCUGAAAGGGCAUUGCUUGGGAAGGAAGCCAGGACCUCAGACGUCGUUAUUACCACGGCUCUGAUCCCAGGAAAGCCAGCUCCGAUGCUGAUAUUAGAGGAUGCCGUUCGAGACAUGGCCCCCGGGAGCGUGAUAGUUGAUUUAGCAGCAGAGAUGGGUGGCAAUGUGCAAACUACGAAGCCGGGAGAAGUGGCCAAAAUUCACGGUGUUACCCACGUGGGGCUCACAGAUUUGCCCAGUCGAAUGCCGGCACAUGCAUCCACGUUGUACGCCAACAAUAUCUCAGGAUUCCUGUUAAGCAUAGGCGCCAACGAUCACUUUCAUAUCAACUUGGAAGACGAAGUGACCCGCGGCGCUGUGGUCCUCAAGGCUGGAGAACUACUGUGGCCUCCCCCGCCCCCGCCCAGCAUGGCCAUCGCACAAACUCCAAAAGCCACAGCCGCUACGGCAAAGGUCGAACCACCAAACCCGUUUAAUGAAACGCUGAAGGAUACAUUCUUAUAUUCCACAGGUUUAGCUAGUUUAAUUGGUCUGGGUAUGGCAUCGCCUAACCCGGCGUUCACCACCAUGACUACCACAUUAGCACUAUCAGGUGUAGUAGGAUACCACACAGUAUGGGGCGUGGUGCCGGCUCUACAUUCGCCUCUCAUGUCGGUCACCAAUGCCGUGUCGGGCAUCACCGCGGUCGGGGGCUUACUGCUGAUGGGUGGAGGCUACGUGCCUGAGACUCCAGUGCAGUUUUUGGCGAGCACAGCGGCUCUCAUUUCGUUUGUCAACGUCUUCGGAGGAUUUAUGGUAACGCAGCGCAUGUUGGACAUGUUCAAAAGGCCAGGAGACCCACCUGAAUAUGGAUACUUGUACGCAAUUCCCGCUGUGGCUUUGCUGGGAGGAUACAUAACUACAGCUUUGCAAGGUUUCCCUGAAGUCCACCAGAUGGCGUACUUGGCGUCAUCGCUGUGCUGUGUGGGCGCGCUCGCCGGCCUCAGCUCCCAGACUACGGCGCGGAAAGGCAACUAUCUCGGAAUGAUUGGGGUAGCGGGUGGCAUUGCAGCCACAUUGGGUUCAUUGACUCCAAGUGCAGAGGUCCUCGCACAAAUGAUAGGAGUAGCUGGUAUCGGCGGUGCCUUAGGAGCAACCAUCGCUAAGAAGAUCGAAAUCACUGACCUGCCACAACUAGUGGCUGGAUUCCACAGUUUGGUAGGCAUGGCAGCAGUGCUGACGUGUAUCGCUACAUACAUGCACGACUUUCCCGCGAUGGCGCUCGACCCCACGGCCGCCACGCUGAAGACAUCUCUUUUCCUGGGUACCUACAUUGGAGGAAUCACGUUCACCGGUUCUCUGGUGGCGUACGGCAAGCUGCAGGGCUCGCUGUCGUCGGCGCCACUGCUGUUGCCGGGGCGGCACGCGCUCAACGCGGCGCUGCUGGCCGGCUCGCUGGGCUGCGGCGGCGCGCUGCUGGCGCUGCCCGACGCGCCCGGCCUGCCGCUCCUCUCCGCCGCGGCCGUGCUCAGCGGCAUCCAGGGACUCACUCUCACUGCCGCUAUCGGAGGAGCUGACAUGCCUGUGGUGAUAACAGUGCUGAACAGCUACUCCGGCUGGGCACUAUGCGCAGAGGGGUUCAUGCUGAACAAUUCGCUGAUGACCAUCGUCGGCGCCCUCAUUGGCAGCUCCGGCGCCAUUUUGUCCUACAUCAUGUGCAAGGCAAUGAAUCGUUCCCUCCCCAACGUAAUCCUGGGAGGUUACGGUGUAACCAGCAGCGGGUCCGCGCGUCCGGCCGGCGCGACGCACACCGAACUCAAUGUCGACUCCGUGGCGGAACUCAUACAUCGCGCUUCCAAUAUCAUCAUCACGCCUGGUUAUGGUCUAUGCGUAGCUAAGGCCCAGUAUCCUAUCGCGGAGCUGGUGGAAAUAUUGAAAUCUGCCGGCAAGAGAGUGCGAUUUGCCAUUCAUCCCGUUGCGGGCCGUAUGCCUGGACAAUUGAACGUGUUGCUGGCGGAGGCCGGUGUUCCCUAUGAUGACGUUUUUGAAAUGGAAGAGAUCAACGACGAGUUCCCAGAUACUGACCUUGUCCUAGUUAUUGGUGCAAACGACACGGUGAACAGCGCGGCCGAAGACGACCCUAACUCGCCCAUUGCUGGAAUGCCGGUACUCAAAGUCUGGAAAUCAAAUCAGGUAGUAGUGAUGAAGCGCUCCAUGGGUGUGGGUUAUGCCGCGGUGGACAAUCCGAUCUUCUACAACCCCAACACCGCCAUGUUGUUAGGGGACGCCAAGAAGACAUGUGACGCUUUACUGGAACGAAUUAAACACCUGGAAGCCUAACUGAUAGAUAGAUUUAUAAUAAUAAAAAAGCACGGUCCGUUUUAACCAUAGACAAAUUAUAUUUAUACUGCGCGCGCCUGCAUAAAAGGUAAAUAUUUUUAAUUAUAAAAAAAAAAUAUUGAGAAAUAAAUUUUAUACUUAAUUUAUAAUCAUAUACUAAAAAAAAUUUAUUGCAAUAAUUAUGAACUGAAAAUGUACCUUAAAGUAAGUGUAAUAUUGUCUUAAAUGUGCGUAAGAUUAUGUAUAUCAUUUGAUUACAAUAUUAACCUUUUGUACUGAAUUUAAAUGUGCCUUAUAAUCACUGAACCAAUCAGUGUGACAAUUUUGAGACUUUAUGGCUAGUCUUUAUACUUAAUAGGGUUUAAAUAUUAUAAAGCAGUAACUUUUUAGCAUACUAUAUUGAUUAUGAGAUUUUUAUUUGUAUACUGUAUUUAUAAGUAUGUAUUCGUAUUUAGAUUUAAGGUUUUAAAUGUGUGUUAAUUUUAAUUUCACUUUUGUCUCGGUCAAUAACAGGAUUAUUCCUAAUAUUGAAAUUUACCUUUCACGACAUUCCAUAUCACAUGACUCGUUACCCUGAAACCCUACUUUUCAUCAUGUUUCAUGAGAAAAGACAGAUUAUGAAUUUAUAUCCUUUAUUAACAUAAAAAAUGUCAUUCCAAUGUGUAAAAUAAAAUAGUUGUAGUGACUUACGAUAUAAGUAGGUAGUCAUUUACGCUAGAUAGCGGCAGCAUUACACAAGAAUAAUGAUUUGAGCCAAAAUUUUUUUUUCCAUGUAAGUAAAUUGGGAUUUACAUAUAUUUUGAAUGUAUUUGAUUUUAUUUUAGUAUUAUUAAUGUUUUGGUGUAUUGGUAAUUAUACUAAAUAAAUGUGAAUUUAGACACUUUCAA